AUUUACAGAAUCUGAAAUUAAACUUAUAAAUGAAACUAGAAAUACAACUACAGAAAUUCUAAAUGAUUUAAAAGCAGAUACCACAUACCAAAUUGGAGUUAUGGUUAUAGCAAGUGAUGGAAAUUUCAAUCGUGAAGAUAUAGUUUACAAUCAAUAUAAGACAUCGUGUAUCCAACCUGAUAUUACUGAUUAUAACAUUCAUUUAAUCAGUGGGAUAAAAAGCGUCAAAAUACGAUGGGAUGAAAUAAUACCUAAACAAUUAGAAUGCAAUGUAAUUGAAUAUGUUUUGACAUUAACCUAUAACCAAUCACAAAAUCAAAUGGUUGGUAUCAAAGAAAUAAAAUCAAGUUCMAAAAGUGGCCACUUAAUAGAAAAUCUUUAUCCUGGAUACAAUUAUAGCAUAUUUCUGACUCCUAAGACAAAUAAAGGACCAUUAAUUUCGUCGCCUACUUAUUCAUUUACUCCUUUAAUAACAAGAAACGAUGUCAUUAUUAAAGACAUUGUUGCAACUACGAUUGAUAAUAACAUUAAAAUCUCAUGGAAAUUAGAAAAUGUUAACCAACACAAUACAAUAGUUGUAAAUGAGCCGUUUACAUAUAUUGUCAGAUACAAACUAAAACGAAUUAUCAGUUGUUCUUUGGAUGAAAUAGAAAACGAUUGGACGUCAACUACAAUUUACAAUCGAACAAACUACGAAAUAUUCGAAACSAUACCUAAUUCGCAGUACUGCAUACAAGUUGCAGUUGCUAAUGAUGAGAAACAUACUCAACGAGAAACUCAGGUUUACGCAUUAACGCCGGCAUCAAAUCCAAAAACUCAACCUGUUUUUGACCUUGAACACCCAAUGUAUGUGACGAAYGACUCGGUAUUUAUUCAGUGGAAAAUCGAUCCCGAAAGUUGUUCAAAGUUAAAUGGAUUCUUUUCAACGUUUUAUAUUGAACUAAAAGAUAAGGUAGAUGACACAUUAGAAAUAAUAGAAACGAAAAAAAACUACCUUUACACCAAUAAGCUGAAAUCAAAUAAUUAUUAUGAACUGAAAGUGUUUAUAAAAACACACAUUGGAUAUAACGCUGAACAAUAUCUAUUUACAAACUUUACUACUAAAUCAAAAUAUUUAGUACCUGUCUAUGAUAUCGUAGYUUAUAAAAAGAGUCUAAGACAUCGAUCAGUAGGACUUCGUUGGUAUUAUAUAGAAGACUCAAAUUUAAAUGGAUUUAUAGUUUCAUUCAAUAAAGAAGGUUUUGGAAACAAAAAAAAUGUUAUAGAGAUUGCCCCGACGAAAUGUUCCGCUUGGCCGGAAUAUUAUUGCCAUAAUUUUAAUAAUUUGAGCCCAGCAGUUACCUUCACGUUUAAUAUAAAGCCUAAGUUUAUAAGUAAUCCUGAAGGUGGUAAAGUUUCGUCUAUUUCAUUUAAAAUGAUCGAUGAACUACCAGAUUCUCCAAAUAAUUUCAAAGUAAUUGAUAUUGRAARGACUUUUAUAAMACUCGAGUGGGAUAUUCCGUGGAUAUUUAAUGGUGUAUUAGAUAUGUACAUUAUUAACGUAGAAGAAAUGUCAGAUAUGARAUUGUAUUCAAGUAUGAGGUCAAUAGAAUUAGCAAUCUACGAAGAAGUUCCUUCUUACAACUAUACGCUAAAAGAUCUAAAUCCUGGUUCGACUUAUUCAAUUGGAAUAGUGACUGURUCCAAGUCAUUGUGGUAUAGUCUACCAUCGACAAUUCACGCAACGACACUUGAUGAUUAAUUAUUAUUAUUUUAUUUAUAAAAUAUUAACCAAAAGUUUAUUUUUUUUUAUAUAUAACACGUUUCCAAGUAAUAAGUUUUUACUUUAUUAGAUUUUGUAAUCAUCGAACACAUGCUAUUAUGAAUAUCGUAUAGAAAAUACCAUUAAGAAUUAGAUUUAU